GAUUUCAAAACAAACACACAUGACACAACAUGUAUUUAUUUCGUUGGAACUUAAAUGAUCUAUCAAAGCCAUUCCGAAAACGGAACUAUAGUACCAAUAUAGGAAAUAUACUGGAUAUCUUCCAGAAUGCAAAGCUAGGCCAAGAAAUCAACAUAAAGGGCUGGGUGAAAUCCUUAAGGAAACAAAAAGAACGUGUCUUCUUAGAUCUGAGUGAUGGAUCCACAUGGAAGAAACUGCAAAUAGUCUUGCCCCACAACAAAUCCUGUGAAAAAUUGACUACAGGUGCUUCUGUGAACAUCAGUGGUAUAGUCAAAUCAUCACCAAAUGGCCAAAUUGAAUUGAAUGCCACUGAAUUAGAGGUCUAUGGUGAAUGUGUUAUUGCAGAUGGUUACCCUUUUGCUCCAAGAAAACAAUACUCACAAGAAUAUAUAAGGCAGUACCCACAUUUGAGAUUCAGAACCAACAACUUUGCUUCCUUAAUUCGUACCAGGAGUGCAGCUACUUUAGCUAUACACAAUUAUUUAGAUUCUGAAGGAUAUAUCAAUGUACACACUCCCAUCAUUACCUCUAAUGAUUGUGAAGGAGCAGGGGAAGUUUUCAAAGUAAUUCCUGAAAAUAAGGAGCUUCUCAAAUCCAUGGUGAAAGAAGGGGAAUCUCUGGAAGAGGCAUUUUUUGAAACUAAAGCAUUUUUGACUGUUUCUGGACAGUUGCAAUUAGAAUCUGCUGCACAUGGUUUGAGCAAAGUCUAUACCUUUGGUCCUACUUUCAGAGCAGAAAAUUCUAGAAGUAGAUUGCAUUUAUCUGAAUUUUAUAUGUUAGAAGCAGAAGUGGCUUUUCUUGAAAACUUGGAGGAUCUCAUGGUAAUCAUUGAAAAAUUGCUUAAAAAUGUGACAAAAACUCUGCUAGAUAAAUGUGAAACUGACAUUAAUAAUAAUCAAGAAAACAAAUCAAAUUUCAAGUGGCUAGACCAAAAAUUUCCUAUAGUUACUUAUGAUGAAGCAAUUGGCAUUUUGAAAAGCAAUCAGAACUACUUUGAAAGUGGGUAUGAACCUGAGGAAGGAAUUUCCAAAGAACAUGAAUUAUUUCUUGUCAAAUAUUGUGGCAAUGUCCCUUUAUUCCUUGUAAAUUGGCCAAAGGACAUCAAACCAUUUUAUAUGAAAGAGGAUCCUAUGGACAGUACAAAGGUACUAGCCUUAGAUUUGUUGGUCCCAGGAAUAGGAGAAAUAAUCGGAGGUAGCCUGCGAGAGAAUGACUGUGAAAAAAUAAAACGAUCCCAUCCGCAUAUCACCUCCCAAUUAGAUUGGUACUUAGAACUAAGAAAAUUUGGCAGCGUUCCCACAGGAGGUUUUGGCUUAGGAUUUGAAAGAUAUUUGUUAUUUUUAACAGGAACUCAAAAUAUAAAAGAUGUGAUUCCUUUUCCCAGAUGGCCACAUAAUUGUAACAUGUGAAUAAAUAAAUUGUAGAU